CCCACGUUUAUUAACGUCCUCUGAAGGCAUCAGCAGGGCUGUAAAGAAUCCGAGCAUCACUUAAACGCAUCGCCAGCCUGGCUGAGCAGAAGCGUCCGACCAGACACAGCUGAGAGUUUAACGAGACCGAACCAAGACCAGGACCCGCACAAGAGGUCCGUGUCGUCCGUGUCAGUGUGACUGGACCGGGAAACAAACCGGAACCGACUGACACGACGUCCGGGUCUGAUCCGAGAGACAGAACCCUGGAAGAGCCCUGGAUCCUCGAUCCUCAAGGAGAUCGCUGUGGAUGGUGAGUCCAGGAUGUACUUCCUGUCUCUGAUCCUAAUCAGACUGUGGACCUAUUAGAUCUCAGAGGAGUCAUGAGCUUCGGGUCUGAGUCCUGGCAGUGGUUCGGGGUCCUGCUGGACUAGACUAACAGCAGUGUUUCUUAGACUUUCCAAGGAUCAGGACUAUGGGACCUCCGGUCGUUCAGGGAGCUCCUGUUGUACCAAAGAUGGGGGUCAGGGCCCGAAUGUCCGACUUGUCUCAGAGGAGGGAUGCUCAGGAGGGUCUGAACUCGAGCUUUCUGAGUCAACCUCCCCAUUCCAACAAGAGUCUGGACCCCCAGCCCAGGUCAGAGACCACAUUCCCAGUUCGCCCAAGUCCUUCCACCAGCAGGAGUUUGGCAAGGAUGAAGAGAAGCAACAGUGAGGUGACGAUCAGUGAUGUCGGAGCUGAAGACAUGGACCCUGCUCCCAUCAACCCAAACACAGGCGCGAGUCUGAGGCGAAAGUGCUGCAGCACUUCGACACUGGACCGCCAAAGUUUGUCACGAUCCACUGAGACUCCUUCCUGGAGGCUGGAGCAGCAGGUGCCCAGCGCACCGCCUCCAUUCCCAGAACCUCCACAGCUUCAUGCUGCACUGUCGCCCAGUCUGCAGACCGCCGCUCGCAUUGCUCAUGGGGACGUCAUCUAUGUACCCGACUAUGUGAACGCUUCGGUUUAUGUGUCGCAUGUUCAGAAAACAAAGCCGGAGACAUCGAUCCUCAGCAGACUAAGGAAUCAGAGGACAAACAGGGACAUAAGACCCAGCGUGAUCUCUUACAAAUGCUUUUCUCAUUAUGAUAGUCAGAGUGUCCUCUUCGACUUCAGCAGUGGCUUUGUCCCCCAAGCAGACCUCCAGCACGGAUGGAACGUCUCCACCUCUGGAUGUGAUGAUGCUUUAAGCCCUGAUGAACGUGAAAAAAACAACUUUCUGGUGAGCAGCUGUCCGUUCUUUCAUAAUGAGAUUGGAGGGGAGACGGAGAGGACGCUGGGCCUGACUCGGGCCAACACCACCACCUGCGGUGCUGCAGCGGACACAUCCUUCAGCGAUCCGCCGCUCAGCACCCGCCGCACCAACGCGAGCAUCUCAGUGUUGGAGUUCAGUGGAGGAACUCGGGCGUUCGACCAAAACCUGAUGAAUAAUCACGACAUUGAACACAUUGACCUGGGAGCCAGAUACUACCUGAAAUACUUCUACAACCAAGAUCACCAAAAUUAUUUUGGCAUUGAUGAGAACUUUGGUCCGGUGUCUCUGAGCCUCCGGCGAGAGAAACUGGAGGAGAGGACUGAUGAGACACAGUACAACUACAGGAUGAUCCUCAGGACUGGUCAGCUGUCUACCCUGAGAGGAUCCAUCACAGAGGACUCUAUCCCAUCUUCAUCCAAACACGGGACCAGUCGACGUCUUCCUCUGAGGGAUGUUCUCGAGUUUGUGGUUCCUCAACUUAGCAUCCACAGUCUCAGACUGGCUGCCGAUUCACCCAGAGUCCCUGAACUGCUGCUGCAGCUGGACCAGCAGGAGCUGAGGUUCCAGCGCAAAGUGGGCGUGUUAUUCUGUCGGGCUGGUCAGUCCACCGAGGAGGACAGCAGUGACUCUGGCAGUCCCGCUCUAGAUCAGUUCCUGGACCUUCUGGGCCACAGAGGUCCACUGAAAGAUACCAGCGAUGACUCAACAGGGAGGCAGUCAGUUUUUACAACGUUCAGAGAAUUCAAGCUGAUGUUCCACGUGUCCACGGCAAGCGGCCCUCAGCAGCUGGUCCAUAAAAGUCUUACUGGGAAUGACUUCGUCACAGUAAUCUUCCAGGAGCCGAACUCCCCGCCCUUCAGUCCGCAGAACAUCUGCUCACAUUCCCAACAUGUCUUCAUCAUCGUUCGAGUCCGCCGCCCCUGCAGCCAGCACACCUGUUACAGUGUUGCAGUGUCCAGGCGUAGAGACAUCCCGUUCUUUGGUCCCUUGAUCCCACCAGGUUGGAUGUUUUCAGCCUCACCUGAAUUCAGAAACUUCCUGCUGACGAAGAUCAUUAAUGCCGAAAACGCCGCGCACAGGUCAGAGACCUUUGUCACAAUAACAGCACGACGCAGACAGGAGCACCUGAAGGAGCUGGUGGAGAACUUUUCCACAUCAGUGCUAGUGGACUCAUCAUCUUCCAUCAAGUUCAGCUUCAUCUCUCUGGGAGUAAAGAAAAAAGAGCGCAGCGCACCACGGCCUCAUGCUUACCUGAACAGCGCCGGGGCUCUCACCUGGAGUGUGACAGCAACAGACUUCAGCUGCUCUUUUGAUGUACCGUGCCAGCUCGCCGUCUCCAGUGAGUUUGUGGUGCUUGUAGAGGAAGCCAGCAGACAGGUAGUGUUUCACUGUUACUGCAGAGACGUGAUUGGCUGGAACGCCGGCCACAGAGGCAUUAAACUUUUCUACGAGCACGGAGACUGUGUGAUGCUGUCAACACGAGAGAGAGGCUGGGAGGACAGCCGCGAGAUCGCCCAGAGACUGCAGCUGGUGACUCGUGGCGGUCCUGCUGUGGACAUGAUUCUGAGGAGGAACCGUCACGGUCAGCUUGGGUUUCACGUGAACUUUGAAGGAGUGGUGGCGGAUGUUGAGACCAACAGUUUUGCGUGGAAGGAGGGUCUCCGGCCCGGCUGUAGGAUAAUGGAGAUCUGUGCGGUCGCCAUAGUAAAGCUAUCACAUAAGCAGAUGAUUGAGCUGCUGAGGACGUCGAUGACCGUGAGCGUGGUCGUUGUUCUGCCGCACAGAGAUGGGACACCCCGCAGGAGUUUCUCAGAAAUCUACCAAGUCCCGAGGUUUGAGUACAAACUGGACUCUGAUAUCACUUCCUACCCAUUAAGAGUAACCCCACCCACCUGGCACAAGGUGUUAGAAGCUCCGCCUACUCAGAGCAUCCCAGGUGAACUGGAACAGCAGCUGAGACCAAUUAAACAAAUGAAUGAGGGAUCCAGGUCACCAAGCAAACACUCGACCUCCGUUGACCCCGGACCACCUUUGACCCCACAGAGCCAUGCCCGAUGGGGAGCUCGUCCUGAUUGGGCAGUCAGCUCUGAAGAAGACUCACUUGAGAAGAUCGGGAGAUCUAAAGAGGCCAGUCACCUUUGUCAUCAUGAUCAUCCUCAUCGUGUGACGAAGGCUCGGAGGGUUUUUCAGCCGAGUCUGAUGGACGCCAACAACACGCUUUCCAGCAGCAGCGGCAGCGAGGGCAGAUACUCCGACUGCACCAAGGUGCCUUCAAUGGACAGCGGAAUUGACUCCGCCCCCUGCACAUCAUCGGCCCAACCAGCUGUGGCUGGGGCGACGCUGGUCCUGAGCGAUAUCCAGAGAGGCAAAUGGACAAUCUCAGCCGGUCACAUGACCAACCUGAGUGAGACCUGCUCUCUGUCCUGUGACUGUCGUGAAUCCACCAGCUGGUCUGAGGGCAGGUCCAAAAGCAGUUCCUCUACCAGCUCACCUGAGGCCUUAAUCACAUGUAAAGAAGGCUCCACUGAGGAAAUGGAGCUUACUCAAGAGGGGGAGGGGCUGAAGAGAUCCAGCAGAUGCAACAGAUUCAGCUGUGUUCCAAUAAAAGGUGUUGGCGUGAAGCAAUCUGAUGUCACUGCAGGUGAACAGCCCAUCAGAGUCCCUGGUGUUCCUCCUCCGUCUCCAUGGAGAUGUCUGACCCACACGAUGCCACGUGACAUGUUGUACAGGAUUUUGUUUCGCUGUUCUCAGCUGCCGUCGGACCACCUGCCCCCACGUCUCAACAGCACGCUACCGCCCACCAUCGGCAGAAAACUGCCACUGCCGCUACAGAGGAGUAACCGCUCUUACUCUGACAGCUUAUUGGCUCUGAGGUCUGGAGAUAAACACAUGCCGCUCCCACAAGCUUCAUCACAGCUGGACUGGUUUCACCUGGAGAGCACUCGAGCCUUCAAAGCGAACAUCAAUCAGACACAACGCACACUGGGGGUGACAUCACAGAGCUUCGCCCUGGAGGACAGUGACAUCACAGCCCGCUCCCUCUCAGGUGAAGUCCUCCGACUGGAAGAGAUUCUUCAGCAGCUGCAGCUCGACCUGCUAAAGGAGCAGCGGGACAAAGCUGCGCUGCAGCAGCAGGUGCUGAGCCUCCGUCAGGAGAACCACCGCCUGCAGGAGGAGAGUCACAGCGCCGCCAAGCACAUCAGGAGGUUCGCCGCCUGGAUGCUGCACCAGGAUUCGUUACCAUAGUAACACCACUAGCAUUUACUGACCAUUCAGCACUGUGUCACAUGACACGCAGCGGAUCGUGGUGACGACGAAGAGUUUGGACUGUGAGCAGAACAAUCGAUCGCUAAAUUGAUUGCUGAACAGCACGAAGCAGCACGCUGGAUGAAGAUGAGGUGACCUGACGGGAUCAGUCACAGCUCGGCUGACCGGUCUCGUCAGUCCUCCUCGGUUACCUGGAAGUAGGCAGAGCCUCUCUAUGAUUCUUGCUGUUAUUUGUUUUCACACAGAGGCGCAGUGAGUUAGUCGCAGCAUGAGCUGACCUCCGUGCGCUUCCACCUCUGUCAGCAUCGGAGCAGCUGGCGACGAUGAGCUUUUACUAAACGCCUCAGCGCAGAUGUUUAAGGAUGUUUUCUCUUCAGACUGUGGAUCAUACAGAUGUUUGAUCCAAGCUGAAUCAGCUGAUCCAGAAUCAGCUGAUUUAUCCAAAACUCUUCUUUCAUGUGCAGAGAGAUCCUGCUCUCUUUCUGCUGUUACGUGUCUUUAUUUUUGUAAAGGUUUACAGAAUUGACGUUUUUGGCCUAGUUUUCCUGGAGAUGAUGUGAUUAAUACUGUAAUUACAGCAGCAUUCACAGAUAGAAGGUUCUUAUUCGGAAACAUUUUCAUCAGGUCGAUCGUUUAUAUAUUUUAUAUCUGUAUAUAAAAAUAUUUCAUUUGGUCAGCAACGAGCAGCCUGUGGAGCCGCAUGUGUUUAAGCUGGCUGCAGGCCUGAUGUGGAUGAAGGUGAGGAAAGGUAAACGUGUAGUGGGACCUGAGCGGUCACAUGACCGAGCCUC